AGCCGGAAGCUAACGCGUAAACAGAAUAUAGCAGCAAAGAGACAACAAAUACUGCUUUUCCGCGCUUCCAUUCGCUUUUAUUCUGCGCGUUUCCUCGACCAAGGACACCUUCGGCCAUGUCCGCAAGCAGCAUGAAAGACUCCAGCUUCCUGGGAGGCAGAAUACUACCGGAAAUAGAGUCAAUGUCGAAAAACCUGAAGGAUGUGGAUCAAGAAUUGUUUAGAAAGCUACUCAAAGUCGUGGUCAGUGCCCUGGAGGGAAAAGACUGCCGAGAAGUCAUGAAGUCAAUCGCCGAAAGCAGUGUCAUCCCGCAAGAGAGGCUCAGUCACAUCAUUGCAGGGAUGCACAGAGUGCUCUCCGAGGCCAUCCGCGUCCCAACAUCCUUACUUAAACAGGAGGCGUUUAAGGAAGAUCUGAGAGAGCUAAGGAUACCAGAAGACUUUGUCACAGAUUUCUCCAGUGUGGUUUUUGGAAACCGACGUGCAGCUCUGGAAGCGGCCACCUCUCAGAAUGAUCCCCACCUCCCCACGCUGGAGGAAUUCAAAUGGAGAGUGGAUGUUUCCAUUUCUACAAGCUCACUGGCCAAAGCCCUGCAGCCGUCCGUUCUUAUGCAGCUGAAGCUGUCAGAUGGGAGCUUUCAACGCUUUGAGGUGCCCGUGUCGAAAUUCCAGGAUCUGCGUUACAACGUCGCUUUGAUUCUUAAAGAAAUGAACGAUUUGGAGAAAAGGAGCAUCCUCAAGAUCCAGGACUGAUAAACGAUCCACCGUUGUUCUCAGAGACUCUGAAGGAGCGCUGGGUGUCUGUAUGUUAUGAAAAGCAAAAAGCUCCCUGUGUUCAGUUUGGGCUCCGAUUGUGUUGGCGUCUGACAUGCAAGUAGCGACCAACACUUAAAAAGAAAUUGGACAUUUUCCUUUGCUCCACACAAUAACUACUACCAUAUGUGAACACUGUUGGUUCUUAGAGAUUUGUGCCAAAGCCAAAUCAAGACUCACCAUGUUGUUGAGUAAUACUGGGUGAUAUGAGCCUGAGACUGAACAUUUUUACCUGAUUGUAUAGUGUAAUAAUUGAACUGAAAAUUGUGUUGUUGUUUUUUUCUGUUGACUAAUACAUAAAAUUGAAAUCAUACA